CUGGCGGCACUCGGUGGCUUUUUGUUUGGCUUUGAUACCUCGGUCAUCUCGGGUGCCCUGCUGCUGAUCAAGCGUGACUUUGAGCUGAACACUUUCCAGCAAGAGCUUGUCGUCAGUCUGACCGUGGGCGGCGCCUUUGUCGGCAGCUUGGGUGGCGGCUACAUCUCCACCCGCUUUGGUCGAAAACCCGGAAUCAUGGUCGGCUCGGUGGUCUUUAUCGCCGGUGCUGCUCAACUUACGUUUGCGCCUAGCUGGAUUCAUCUCGCCAUCGGACGCGCUGUUGUGGGCCUUGGUGUGGGCAUCGCAUCCGCCACCGUGCCGAGCUACAUCAGCGAGGCUGCGCCUGGUCACCUGCGUGGCACUCUGACUGUCAUGAAUACUGUCUGCAUUUCUUCGGGCCAAAUGAUUGCCAACGUGGUUGAUGCUGCCCUCAGCCAUACGCCACACGGCUGGCGCUACAUGUUUGCGGUCUCUGCCAUUCCAGCCAUUAUUCAACUCGUAGGCUUUCUGUUCUUACCAGAAUCUCCGCGUUUCCUCGUCUCGAAGCACCGUGUCGACGAGGCCCGCCUUGUGCUCCAGCGUCUACGCGACACGGACAACGUUGAAGAAGAACUUCACGCCAUCACCAGUGCAACCACUCAGGCAUCGGGGGGCCUGAAAGACCUACUCAGCCGUCCUCACUAUCGCCGCAUGCUCUUCAUGGCAUGCAUGCUUCAGAUCAUUAAUCAGGUCACGGGCAUCAACAGCAUCAUGUACUAUAGUUCCAGCAUCCUCAAAAUGGCUGGCAUCCGCUCCGACACGAUGACCAUGUGGAUUUCAGCCGGCAUUGAUGCUGUCUUUGUACUGUUUACUGUGGUGGGGCUGGUACUGGUGGACCGCGCUGGCCGCCGCCCCUUGCUGAUUUGGUCCUGCGUCGCCCUGUGUGUGAGCUCAGUUAUCAUCGGCGUGGCCUUUUUCCUUGCGGAUAAUCGCGCAGCCCCAGCCACGUGGAACGGGGCUGAAUGCGACUUUGGCUCCUGCUACACCUGCUUGCAGCAUGAUGCUUGCGGCUUUUGCGGGUCUGUGUCAGGCGGCAGCUGUAUGAGCCUUACGGCUCAAAGUGUAGCGGGCGACGCUUGCAACGGAAGCUCCUUCUAUUCCAAGGGCACUUUGCCUGACAACAGCCUCGUAUCUGCGGUUUCAGAAUACUGUCCCAAUCGCUAUGCCAAUUUGGCCAUCUUUGGCCUGUGCGCGUACUUGGCCUCCUUCGCCUUUGGCCUCACGUCCAUGCCCUGGAUUAUCAACUCGGAGAUUUUUCCCACCCAUUUGCGUGCCGCGGGCAACGCAUACUCUGCCGCAACCAAUUGGAUCUUCAACAUGGGUGUCUCCCUCUCUUUCCUAUCCCUGACCGAGGCCAUGACAGAAUAUGGCACAUUCUGGCUGUACGCCGGUGUCUGCGUUCUCGCGACCAUCUACUCCGUUUCACAGGUGCCAGAGACCAAGGGCAAAUCUCUCGAGGAGAUUGAGGCCCUGUUUUUACGCGACGAUGAAGAGGCCCCGCUCUUGAGGCACGACAAGCCCUCAUCCAUCAACGCCCACGACGCGCCUUAG